AUGCAGCACAACCCAUGUGUCUUGUUGUCUUUUCAGAUCGGCCGUGUGGAGAGCAAGGGUGAAAGGAAAGGUGUGAACAAGUACUACCCUCCGGAUUUCAAUCCUGAAAAGCAUGGCUCUCUCAACCGAUACCACAACAGCCACCCCCUUCGGGAGCGGGCUCGGAAGCUGUCACAGGGCAUCCUCAUCAUCAGGUUCGAGAUGCCAUAUAACAUCUGGUGUGAUGGCUGUAAGAACCACAUCGGCAUGGGUGUUCGUUACAAUGCAGAAAAGAAAAAAGUUGGCAAUUACUACACAACCCCGAUCUACAGGUUCAGGAUGAAAUGCCACCUCUGUGUGAACCACAUCGAGAUGCAGACAGACCCAGCCAACUGCGACUAUGUCAUCGUGAGCGGCGCCCAGCGCAAGGAGGAGCGCUGGGACAUGGAGGACAACGAGCAGGUGCUGACAACAGAGCAUGAGAAAAAGCAGAAGCUGGAGACAGAUGCCAUGUUCCGCCUGGAGCACGGAGAGGCCGACCGCAGCACACUUAAGAAGGCGCUGCCUACCCUGAGCCACAUCCAGGAGGCCCAGAACGCCUGGAAGGACGACUUUGCCCUCAACAGCAUGCUGCGGAAAAGGUUCCGGGAAAAGAAGAAAGCCAUCAAGGAGGAGGAGGAAAGGGACCAGGCGCUGCAGGCCAAGGCGAGCCUGGCCAUCCCACUGGUGCCUGAGACAGAGGAUGACCGCAGGCUGGCCGCCCUGCUCAAGUUCCACACCCUGGACUCCUAUGAGGACAAGCAGAGACUCAAGCGGACAGAGAUCAUCAGCCGUUCCUGGUUCCCCUCCGCCCCUGGAUCUGGCGUCAGCAAUGGCAGCAGCAAAGCUGGCAGCGUCCUGAAGAAGCUGGCCCAGGCCCGCAGGUCUGCCCCCAGCGGCUCCCCCAUCACCAUGGGGGAUCUGGGCAUCGUGCGGCGGUCACGGGAAGUUCUGGAGAGCCCCCAAGACGCACCUGACACCAAGUCCAAGGAGCCCCAGGUGCCAAAAGGUCCUACCCAGGAUAGGCCCACGUUGCUCCAAGACUGCUCUCAGGAGACAAUUGAGACCCCUGAGAGUAGCUGCCAGGACAGACCCCUGUCCCGGCUAGGCUCAUCCCAGGAGGCACCUGACACUUCGGACACCCCACACCCCUGUAGCCUCAGUGCCUCCCUCGUGGCGGACUACUCCGAUUCAGAGAGUGACUGA